GUAUGCUUGAGUGGUGGUUCAUUCACCCAGAGUGUGUAGGCAGGCCAGGGGGAGCCGCAGGCAGCCUCACAUAUAGUGCUCCUCCAUGAGGCUGUCAGUGCACGCUACAAGCUGUCAGUGUGAGUGAAGGCGGGACAAGUGUGAGUGAGAGAGGGGAGGGUGAGAGCGAGCGAGAGAGCAGAGAGGAGGCCCGCAGUGUGGAGACCGGCGGGGCACAGUGUGGUGGUGGGCAGCUCCUGGCUACCACUAACAUCCCGUAUCGAUUUUUGUUGGGGUGGGCAGCCAUUUUAGUGCGAGCGGUGCUUGGGGCAGUCAGUGUGUUGUGAGGGAGGCGGGCAGCUGGCCCUACGAGUGUGGUGGAGCCCUCAGGCACCAGCCCUGCCCCUCAGCCUGCUGCUGGAACACCUGUCUACACCCACCACGUGCACCCUGCACACACGCCCUCCUCACCCUUGCCUCCUCUGGGGGACCUCCUGCUGCUACUUCUACAGCAGCAACACUCCCCAGGGCGUCUACAUCUACUGGUGAGGGGCCGCGACACCUACACUCACCACUGAGGCCAGCUACACCACCCGCCGCCCAGGCGCCCACACCCACGGCUACACCCGCCGCCCACGCAGUCAGGCAAAGGAGCAGCCACGGGGCCGGUGGGGAGCGGCAGGAUGGAGGCUGAACGCUUCCUCCUCAAGUGGAACAACCACCAGAGCAACCUGGUGACGGUGUUCGACCAGCUGUACGAGCAGGAGGCCUUCACCGACGUCACCCUCGCCUGCGACGGCCGCACCUUCGCCGCCCACAAGGUCAUCCUCUCAGCCUGCAGCCCAUACUUCCAGGCGCUCUUCCUGGGCAACCCCUGCAAGCACCCCAUUAUCUUCAUGAGGGACGUGAGGGCCGGGGACCUAGAGGCUCUCCUCUCCUUCAUGUACCGAGGAGAGAUUAACGUCCACCAGCACGACCUUUCCUCCUUCCUCAAGACGGCUGAAAGUCUCCAGAUUAAAGGACUCUCCGACUCCUCUGAGAGACAUAAGGAGACUUCGAAGAUUCUAGAAGCUAUGGAGCGGAAGUUCUGCUCGCCGGGGCUUCAGCAGCACCACCACCAGCCGCCGCCCAUCAACACCACCACGCCCACUAUCGGCAGCACGGCCAUCGGCGCGCCCAUCAUGCCCACGGUCACCAGUACAGAGUCGCCCACGCCCCCGGCUAAGAAGUUCAAAUCUCUGGAUGAUCUGCCCAGGAUCUUGCCCAAGAUGAAGCCCCUGCCCACGCCCCCGGGGUUGGUCACGCCCAUGCCGGGGCUCCUCACGCCCAUCACCCUCGCCGCCACUGUCAUGAAGAACGCCGCCCAUGCCGCCCACGUUGCUCACAACGCCCACAUAAGUCCGCCCACGCCAGAUACCAACUCCUCGCCUAUCACCGACGCCUCCACGCCGCCCAAGGAUAGAAAGAAGGUGGCGCAGAGUGUGAUCGAGCUUGACCGAGGCCAGGAGGACGCCAAGACCACCUUCAUCGAAGGGUACAUCAGCGGGGACUCGCCACACCCGGUGUACCUGGUGUCCAGUGUGGGGGGCUUGGCGGCUGCUGUCACCUCCGGCAACUCCACCCCUUCCCACGACGUCAAGGUGGAGGAGGAGGACCCCCUCGACGACAACAACUCCUUCAGCGACGAUCCAACUUCGGGCAUGGGCGAUAACGACGAGUCAUCCAUGAGUAUCCUCGCAGAGAGCCCAGCAGCAAGGGAAGAAGGUUGUGAUGCUGAAUAUUCCCUCUCUACUGAUAAAAUCUUCAUCAAGAUGGAGCCCAUGACUCCUGCCAGCCCUCACUUCCAGUCAGUAAUCUCCCACACUCAAGAUACUCACCACACUCCUGGCUCAAGCUCUUACUUUCAAACUGGAGCUUCAAGGACUCUUUAUAGUGAUACUACAUCUGUAGGAGAAUAUAAGCUUGAUCUCUCAUCCUCAGAAUGCUGUGAUUUCAAUAACUUACAGAGAAUUUCUUAUCUAGAUCACCCAUUAGAAACCUCUGAUCAAGAUUCAUUUUCCUCACAGAAAUCUAACCUCGAUCCCCUGGCAUAUGUGAACUCCAAUCUUGAUCCCUUAUCAACAGAGACCUCCGACAGAGAACUAUCACUGUCAAACCCCUACAGUGAGAUCAAUUCAGGGUCCAGACAAGGAGAUGUAAGCAGUCCACUUCCCCAGGAGAACCUGCAACAACUCAAUAUAAAUAUGGAUGACAGAUUGCCAGGACCAACAUUUUCACCAGGAGUAUUGAGAUCACUGCCCUUCAGUGAACCAGCUUGGGCAGCUCUCGAAAAAAUCACAAAACACAGUGGUGGUAUCUGUAAGAACCCACAAGCAGUCAAACAUCUGAUCUGGAAAGUGAAAGAGCACAUCCAUCGCAAACAAUUGCAGAAGGAAGAUGAAAUGGCUGCCACCAGUUCUCUGGCCCAUGUUGACCACACCUAUAAUGCCCAUAGCCAAAAGCAGACUAUCGACGAGUACAUAUGUAAAAUGUGCAACAAAGUCUUUCCCAAGAACCGCCGUCACAGGUAUUUAUCCCACAUUCGCAUUCACACUGGAGAGAAGCCUUUUAAGUGCAGGGUUUGUGGCCGAGGCUUUAAUCGACAAGAUCAUGUCCAAGUGCACAUGAGACUCCACACUGGUGAAAAACCCUUCCACUGCACCUCAUGUGGUAUUGCAUACACCCACAAGGUGUCCCUCAAGAACCAUAGAUGUGAAAGUGCACAGAGCAAAGCUUGUGUAGAAGCUCAGCAAUCGUUAGAAGAUCCAGUGACUGCUUUGCCUUCUGCACUUCCCGUCUCUUCUACUACUGAUAGCUUGAUGGUAGACUUUGUUUCUCAACAUUUAGGGAAAAAUCUGAAAACAUUGCCAGAAAAUAGCUCAUUAUUACAUAGAGAUAGUUCUGAGAGAAAUAGUGGCUGUAUUCUUCAAGCUAAGCCAUCCUCAAACCAACCAUCAAAUUGUGAAUCUAACCCAAAUACUGGUACACACUUUGGUGCUAACAAUACAGUUGAUCAGGACAGUCAGUUUACUUUAAGUGGUGAAUCUGUAGUAAAUAUUCAACCUUCCUCAAACAACAAAUAUUCAUUGAAAGUUAAAUCUGUCACCAACUCGCCUGCUGUUUGCCCGUCUCAUAUAAACCAACCUUCCCUUAUUACUCAACCUGACCCUACACACCAACAUAUUUCUAUCCCUCAUUCUCCAAUUGCCUCUCGGACUGUUGAAAACACACCCGUUAUCUCAGACCAUCAUUCUACCCAAGUACCUCAGUUGCUUGCCUCACAGCUGCCCAUCAUGCCAGAGACCAUCACUACCAGUAAUGUAUCAAUGACAAUUGCUGGUGCAAAGCAACUCGCCUCCAGAGAUAACUUGACUGAUAGUGAUAUGAAAGGCCUAUCAGACAUAGUUGCACCAGCAUUAGAUAUUAGUGAAGGUGACAUUAGUAAUUUGCGACUUAAUUUAGAUGCUGCUGAAUGUCUAAAAGACGAUUCAAAAGGGUGGGACUCACAAGAAUCAUCACAUAAAUCACUUGGGUCUUCAGAUGAAGUUGUAGACUGUCACAAAGAUCCUUUGCAAGGAUUCCCAGAAGUUGUAGAUAAUUUAGAAGAGAGCACUAAGGCUUCAUUACAAAAACUUUCAGGUGUAAAGGAUGACCUGGAAAUUAAUUCUCAGGAUUGUUCUCAAAUAAUUCUAGAUGGUAUGGAGAUUAACACAAAAAGUAGUGACUUUCAGUCAAAGAAACCUACAUCAGUCAUUAGUCCCGUCAAGAGACUACUGGUGAAGGGAACUCGCUGUGGCCAGGCAGCAGCAGGAGUGAGUAACACCGACUUAUCUCCCAGCUGGUGGGGACGGCCUCGAGUUAUGCCUAUUCGCCUCAGAAAAAACAAGCUUCCAGCUAAUUAGUGUUGUUAUUUAUAUUUAACUAUAUAUUUAGUUAUUUUCCAAUUUUAUUAUUAUCUUAGUUGGUUUAACCUGUCUUUACCUUUAUAAAUAUUAUACUGUUUACCAAUAUUAAUAUAUACAAAAUAUAAUGCAUUCCCAUAAGCCAGUGUUGUGUUUAUUGAUGUCCUCCUUUAACUUAGGAUAUUUGUUAUCAAUUAUGUUUCCAAAUUUAUUUUAAAGAUUUACUCCAAAAUCCAGAUGAUAGUCUUUGGGAGAUUGCAAACUAGAUUGGUACAGUGUUGUACAGAACUUAUUUAAAACAACUCAGUGAUACCAUAAUUCAGUUGUAUAUUCAAGAAUUAGAUGUAAGCAUCUGAAAGGUCUUGUUGCAUUCAUACACAAUGUUAUAUUGAAAGCUUGAUAGAUCACAAUUGGUCAACUCGACAAGCAAGUGUCUGAAUUUAUAGUAAAUCUUCACAUUAAAUGGAUUUUAAUGUUUGUUUUGCAACGAUAAUGACAGGUCCAACGCUUAAUGCAGAUCUGCAGCUGUUGCCGAGCCUUUCCUUACGGUUCACCUUUCUUUCAUUGAAGUGAGGUUUUGGUUUUUGGUUAUAGUUUUUUCAUGGCCAGGGAUUGAAUACCCGUUAGGCUUGUUUAGGUCCCCUAAUGUCAACCAUGAUCCUUUCCCAGGGUGGAAUCCAGGUACCUAUUUGCUGCCAUGGUGAACAUCAGCAUCAGAUAAAAGGAAACGUUUCCCAGGUAGGAAGCAAACCCGCUUGAGUUUACUACUGGGUCACAGGAUCCUACGUUGUGCUGUGGUAGAGAGCAUUGCUGGUGAGGGUGCCAUAAGUUGGAGAGAGGUGGGAUUUAUGCAGGAAAUUUCGAUACCUAGCCUUUUGUCAUAUACAUCAAUGACAUAGAUGAGAAUAUUACAAACCACAUCACCACAUUUGCAGAUGACACAAAGAUCUAUGGUAAAGUGAGAAAUGAUAAUGAUAUUGAAGUCUUACAAAGAGAUCUACAUGAACUCUACAAAUGGUCAGAAGACUGGCAAAUGCUUCUUAAUAUCAGCAAAUGUAAGACCAUACAUGUGGGCCAUGACUGCCAAAUUAAUAGUAUUACAUUACAGCUGACUGAGAAAAGUACCUUUGAGUCUAGAUCCACCACUCAUUAAAAGUUGCACAAUAGGUGGGUGCAGCAGUCAGAAAAGCUAACCAAACUCUUGGGAUAAUCAAGCGUACUUUUGACUAUAAAGUACCCGAAACGCUACGAAAAAGUACCCGAAACGCUACACUAACUAGUGGCUGUACAAGAAUCUGACAACUUUUGUAUAUAAAUAAUAAUAAUGUUCCGAACCUU